AUGGAGGAGGAGAGUGAAGCGGCUGCAGACCAAUCAUCAGCUGAAGACCAGGCGGCAGACCAGGAUGUUUCUCCAGCCAAUUGUAAGGCCCAGGAGGUCUGCCCCGCCCCUACUGGUGAGGCUGACUCCUCCCAGUUAGCAGGGAAGAGGAAGAGGACCAAGCCUGGUCCCUGGUGGCUCAUCAGUCCUGUCAACACACAGCUCACAGAGACAGACAACAAGUCCAAACAGAAUAACAAGACAACUACAUCUAAACCAGCAAGACAUUCCUCUGUGGAGUCAGGGCAGGAGGACGGGCCAUCAAAACCCUUGUUUAAUCAGAACGCAAAGAAGAAACCCUCGUCCAAUCAGUCAGCAGCAAAUAAACCCUCGUCCAAUCAGACCACAGAGAAGAAACCGUGGUCCAAUCAGACUGCAGAGCAGAAAGCAGAGAAGCCCAAGAAGGGCAGACCUAAGAAGCAGACGAUAGCCAGUACAGAGGAGCCAGCGAGGCCUGAAGGUCAGAGCGAAGAGGAGCCAGCGAGGCCUGAAGGUCAGAGAGAAGAGGAACAGGAGGCCAUGCCCAGCCCUCUCAGACAGCAUACACUCACCUCAAGUGAGAAGGUGUUUGACUGGCUCUACAACCGCACUCCCAAGUGUAAACCCCAGAGUGAUGCCACACCCACUAACAUUACCCCCCACUCUGCUACUGUUACCCCCAGCAGGCAGCAGCACCAGGCCAGGGAGGCUCCAGAGGCUACCGUUACCCCCAGCAGGCAGCAGCACCAGGCCAGGGAGGCUCCAGAGAAACGCAGCAGCAGGAAGAGGAAAGCUCCAGUGAACUGGUGGGAGACCAACAACCCCCCAGAGAAUGCUGGCCGCACCUUUUCCUUCCCUCAACAACCCCAGCCUAACCCAAAAACACGCAAGGUGGUGAGAAGUAAGUCCAAGCCCAGACCAGUCCGGACCAGGCCUGCUAAGUCCCUGCGACCUCCUCAGAACGCCUCCUCACCUCGACCUGGAGCAGGUCAGACCCUGGUGAAGAGGAAGGACCUCUCCACUCCCAAGACGGUCAAGCGCUCUCUGGCCACCUUUGGCGCCAUCUUCUCCUCGGGCAGAGAAGCGCUCCCGGUGGCCACUGUCAGAAGCACGUUGCAGACUUCAGGGAGGAAAGCCCUAUUCCCUGAAGAGCAGUCAGCCCAGAGUCCCAGCGUCAGCCUCAGCCCUGGUCCAGCUAAGGACCCCUCCCAGGACCCAGCCAGUGACAGGAGCUCCAGCCUUGUGGAUCUGAGUGCCAGUACUGUCUGCUAUAUAGAGCCUGUUGGAAAGCUGGGGGAAAAGACCAGAUGCCGAGACUUCUCCCAAACCAACAACCGACUCUCAGACAACACGUUAGAAAGUUUCGAAAGCGGACCGUCUUCCAUGAUUGAACUGGAGGAUUGUGAAGAGCAUGAGGACAUCUGGCUCCCGUCAUCCAGAGUGACGCCCCAUCUGUCUAUCCAUCCGUCUGUCCAUCCGUCUGUCCCUCCUGGUAUCGUGCUGUCAGAUCCUGAGGCUGUGACUGUGGCUGUUUGUGCUCCUCCUCUUAGAGCCAUCACACUGCAGCUGGAGGACAAGGCCAACCUCGCCGACUGGCUGGCUCUGCUCUGGCCUGCCACCGGGAAACAGGGAGGCCAGAUCAGCCCAGAUCAUUUCCAGUGGUUCUCGUACCGAGACAGUGCUCUGGGUUACAAGAUGGACCUGCUGGCUGAAACCUUCUCUAAUGGAAAGAUCCUGCUGGGCUCCUACAUGAAGAUACCUCUGCUGGUGGACCACAGCGCUACCACUGUGUAUAACCUCCUAACCAGCUCAGUGACUGUGACGAUCAACGGCAAAGAGAACCAUUAUAACCCAGGACAGACCUUCAUGGUCCCAUGUGGCCAUGCCUACAGCCUCCACAACCUGACCCAGGAACCUGCUGCUCUACACUUCACCAGGAUGCUGGCAGAGAGCUCAGAGUGAGGCCUGGGGACCACAGCCAGGGGUUCAGUACAGGACAGAGAAGUGAAGGAGCCUUACAGAGGACCACCAGGUACCUCAACUUAACAGAG